GUACAGACCAUAAAAAUGGAACAGUGGAAAAAUAGAGUGGCUGUAGUUACUGGUGCCUCUUCAGGCAUAGGGGCUGCAAUCGUCUUGGAUCUUGUGAAAGCUGGUAUGAUAACAAUUGGACUAGCUCGAAGAGUUGAAAGAGUUGAAGCUCUGAAGAAAAAUCUUCCAUCUAAUCUCCAAGAAAAUCUCCAUGCUGUGAAAUGUGAUGUGUCCAAAGAAGACGAAAUUAUUAAAGUUUUUACUUGGAUUGACUCUAAAUUCAACGGCAUUGAUGUUCUAAUUAACAAUGCUGGAAUUCUUCGUACAACAGAACUUAUCAAUAAGGAUAAUUCUACUGCAAUUCGUGAAGUGUUAGAUACAAAUGUUAUGGGUCUUGUCUUCUGCACAAGAGAAGCUGUGCAAUCUAUGUUGAAGCAUAAAAGAAAUUCCCAUAUUGUUCAUAUUAACAGUAUCGUUGGACACAAUAUUAUGUUUAGUGCUGAACUACCAUCCCUCAACAUUUACCCAGCAAGUAAAUUUGCAGUAACUGCAAUUACAGAAAUUCAUCGUCAAGAGUUGAUCCGCAGUAAACAUCAUAUUAAAGUGACAUCGGUUAGCCCUGGUGCAGUAAAAACUGAAAUUUUCAGUGAAGAACAGGCAGAAUUUGUAGCUAAAAUCCCUAUACUUGAACCUGAAGAUAUUUCACAAAGUGUCCUUCAUGUUCUAGGCACUCCUCCUCGUGUUCAAAUACACGAAUUGACUAUUAAACCUUUCGGAGAAAUGUUUUAUAUCUGGUUUUCCUAUAUUGCUAAACUGAAAAUUUGUCAGUCGGCUUUUGGAGUUGAUAUAGUUUGGAUGCACAAAAAAGACUCUGCGUUAAAAAUGGAUCAGUGGAAGGAUAGAGUAGCUGUUGUGACUGGUGCAUCUUCAGGAAUUGGAGCUGCUAUUGCUAGAGACCUUGUUAAAGCGGGAAUGAUAACGGUAGGAUUGGCUCGAAGAGUAGAAAGAAUUGAAGCUCUCAAGGAUGAUCUUCCAUCCGAUAUCAGACACAAUUUGCACGCUCUAAAAUGCGACGUUUCCAAAGAAGAGGAUAUUAUUAGUGUUUUCGGAAGGAUUGAUGCUAAAUUCAAUGGAAUCGACGUGUUAAUCAACAAUGCUGGUAUUUAUCGUGAGACUGCCCUGACUGAUCCAAACAACUCCAUUCAUGUUCGUGAAGUGAUUGACACAAAUGUUAUGGGUGUUGUCUUUUGUACGAGGGAAGCUUUCAAAUCCAUGGAGAAACACGGAAGAAAUUCCCAUGUUGUUCACAUCAACAGCAUUGCUGGACAUAAAGUCUACUGCAAUCUUGAGCAACCGCCAAUAAACAUCUAUCCAGCAAGCAAAUAUGCUGUAACUGCCAUUACAGAAAUUCAUCGGCAGGAAUUCAUUCGAAGCAAGAAGCACAUCAAAGUGACUUCUAUAAGUCCUGGCCUUGUGAAAACUGAGAUAUUUUUGCCAGCACACAAGGACAUAUUCGAUCAGCUUCCGUGUCUUGAACCAGAAGAUGUUUCCCAGAGUGUUAUGUAUGCUUUGGGAACUCCUCCUCGUGUGCAAGUUCAUGAUCUUACCAUUAAACCUUUUGGAGAGCCUUUCUGAUAAAUCAUUUUAUUUUAUUCUUUUAUAUGAUUUCAUCCUAUAGAUUUUAGUGCAUUUUUUAUUUUAUGUCUCAUCUUGAGCCUCAUCAUUAUAUUUAUUCAAUCACAAAAUUUAAAAGAAAAAUGUCGUUCUAAUGUAUUUCAGCAA